CUCCGCCCCCGCCUCCGCCGCCUCCUCCUCCGGCCACCUCCGGCUGGCUGCGGAGCGCCUGGCCUCGGUCGCUCGGGGCCGGCCAUGGGCAAGCGCCGCCGGGCACGGGAGCCGCCCGGCCGGUUGGCGCUGCUGGCGCUGCUGGCGCUGGCCUCGUUCUCCGCGCUGCUCCUGGCCUCGCUCAGCCUCCUGCUGGCCGCCUGGCCCCGCCACGCCCGCCCGCAGAGCCCCGCCGAUGCCCCGCCGCAGAAACUGCUGUCGGAGGAAAUGGAGCCGGUGGUGCUCUCCUCCAGCUGGAGCCACCAAGGCAAGUUCCUGCACCAUUUUGCCCAGGAGGGGGCGCUGCGGCAUCGAAGGCAAGCUGAGAAAGGGAAGAGAUUACGGCCGUGCCGGGCGGGAAACAUCUGCGCUGCCCACUAUGAAGUGCAAGCCACCGUAGGACGAGCUGGGAUGCAGGCAGAUGCCAACGGGACCAUCCGCGGGUGGGCGGAAGCCAAGCUGAAUGCCACCAACCCCCUGCGCUACGACAGCAGCCGCGGAGAGUUCACCGUCAUCAAAAGGGGGCUGUAUUACCUGUAUUGCCAGGUCCACUUCAACGAGGGGAAGACGGUCUACAUGAAGCUGGACGUGAUGUUGAGCGGACAGCUGGCCUUGCGCUGUUUGGAGCAGUUCCCUCCCACCAGCUCGGGACCCCGGGAAGCCGAACUACACGUCUGUCAAGUGUCGGGGUUGCUUCUCCUGCGUCCCGAAGCCUCCAUCCGCCUUCGCACCAUCCCGCACGUCCGUCUCAAAGCGGACCGCUACCUCACCUAUUUCGGCCUCUUCCAAGUCCACUGAGAAGACCGGGCAGCGGGAAGACCGCAGGGCUGGGGUCCCAGGUGGGCUCUGCAGAACCAGAGAGGAGGCACGCAGUUGCUGCCUUCCGUGUGGCGGGUGCAUCCGAGCGCGGAGCGGUGUAUCGGUUGCUCCUUUUUGCUUCUGGACUGGCAAUUCUCCGUUUACUCGCUUCCGGGGCCGUCGUUCUGAGGUCCACCCGGGUGCCAGCAGCAAAAAGUGUGGUAGGGCAGGGGAGGGGUGGGGGGUGGGGUCUAACCAGUUGCUGUGUCCUCACUUUGUGGUGGACUUUGCAGUCCAAACAACCGCAGGAAUCCGACAACGGAUUCAAACGACGAGGAACUGGCUCAGUGACCUGUGUAGAUUCCGGUUUAUCUAAUCCUGUUUCUUGCCCGGGUCGUGUGUAUUCCCGGCGCUUGUUACGCUUCGCACCCUGGCUGGGCACCGUGGCAUCCUCUGUUUUGUAUUUUGAUCCUUUUCUUCGGCUUCCUUAACGGGUUCACGGGAUGUUUGGAAGGAUCUCUGCCAUCUUGGGGUGGUACGACGUUGACGCGACCACACGCAACCGAGCAGAGUUGUGCGGCCCGCUCAGGAGGGACCCAUGGUGGACAACAGACUGAUGUUUGGGUCCCAGCCAGCAGGGGGGCGGCAGAACCCCCAAGGAAGUGGACGGUGGGCUUUCGCCGAACAGGGAAGGCCGAAAGGUCAAAGGGUCACAGCUCCCCAUUGGCUGGAAAGCGGGGAACGGGGCCGAGCUCUGCCCCCCGUGGUCAGUUUCAGUAAGAGAGGGCGUUCAGACGACCCCUUGGAAACGGAAGGCGCGAAAACCCCAGUUGGCGCUGCAAAAAGUCACACGCAUCUAUACGUUUGACAUUGCCAUGGUUCCAUGCACCUACACAGGCAGUAUCGCAAAACCUAGCACGCGCCCCCAAAAGGCAGCGUCGUAGAAGGUUGCGUUGUACCCGCGGAUGAUUUAUACUCUUUGAAAUGAUUGCAAUGGGCAGCCCCCUCCUCUCGCCAUCACUGCCCACACAGCUUAACGCAACUCAUUUAUUUUAUAGGAAAGGGGGCAGGGACGGGGGGAGGGCGAAAUACCCUGCCCGUCUUUUUUUCCCGACCCUGUUGUUUUAACCGCCGCACUCCCGGCAGCCUUCCCCGCUCACCACGACAACGCACGGUGCCCUCCGGCGCGGAGACAACGUGGGCACCUUUCCGUUUCAUCGAAAUAAAAGUGGAACGCAACCGA